CACAAUCUGAAGUGAUGAACUAGAAUCGUUGUACUCAGCAAAAUAUUUUUUAAGAGUAGUAAAAUACUAUAUGUUUCAUAAUGAAAUAUAUAUAUAUGAUGAGUUGUAUGCCACAUAAGUAAACUGAGAAUUUAUACAAGAUGUUAUUCAUUCUAACGUCAUUCAUUUGUUUAUAUUUUAAAAUUGGUUACUUCCUCAUCUGUAUCUGUGAAUUCAUUUCACUGAAAGUGACAAAACUGAAAUCAGCACUAUUAAGUCCAUUUAACUUGUCAAAUGGACUUAAUAGUUCAACUCAACCCAUUGACACAUUCAAUGGUAGAGGGCUAAUUAAGUAUGAAUUGCGUUUGGAAUAUGCAAUCAGUUUGCUAAAAACUACUAAUGAAGAUCAUGUAAACACAGCUAUGGAAAUAAUAUUAUAUAUUUUAAGAAACAACCAGUUAACCAGAUUACAAUCGGAAUGUUUAUAUUAUCUGGCUAUUUCUUGUGCAAAACUAGGUGAUUAUGAUAAGGCAAUGAUGUAUUGUCAACACUUACUAACAUUUCAUCCAAAUUGUGACAGAUCGAACAGACUGCUGGCGAAGAUUCAGUCACGUGCUUUACAAGAUGCACAAGAGGAUUCCAGCAUAAUGAAGUGUCCUAAAUCAAAUUGA